AGAACCGACCCGCUUCGCAUCUCAGAGAAUCAAUCGGCCACCCACAGAAGAACAGAAGCAAAAGCAAAGCGGAGAGAGAAAAACAAACCCAAACCCAAGCCCAAACCCACUGAAGAAGAAGAAGAAGAAGAAGAAGAAGAAGACGACGACGAUCUCACAAACCCAAAGAAGAAAAGCUCCAGAACCCAGAAAAUUCGUACCCUUCCACUCCAUUUUCCGUUUCUUCGUUCCAUCAUCAGUGAUCUCUACUACCGUUUGUAGAACUCCAUAACCAUAUUUCACCUUCAAAAAUGGAGAAAGUCAUGGCCCACUACGAGCUUAUUGCUUGUGGCAUAGUGUAGUUUCCUCUUCUUCCUUUUUCAACAAGGCUGUUGUUCUUUUUCUGUUCCAAGUUUCUCUAUCUACGCAGUUUCUUUUCCCCUCUUUCUAGAAUGGGUUGCCGUGUGAUGAUUGCCGGAAACUUGGAUCCCGAGAGAGAGAGAAGCGGCGGGUUGAGGACCAAACAGGCCGGACGUGGGUCGUGCCGCGGGAGUUAGGCCCAUCACCCAACUCGCCGGAAAAUGCACUUCCUCCGGCUUUGAGCUUUUCUAUUCUCUCAUCUUCUCUCUCCCUCUCUCUCUCUUUCUCGCUCUCUCUCUCUCUCGAUAUAACUAUCUGUUUCCUUAUAACUGCUUCUGUUUCAUUCGAGUUCAAGCUAUGGGGUAUUUGCUGAAAGAGUUCCUCAAGAAUCUCUGCGGCGUUAACCAGUGGUCUUACGCUGUUUUCUGGAAGAUGGCUGACCAGAACCCCAAGCUUCUUAUUUGCGAAGAAUGCUAUUAUGAACCUACUAUGCCAUUUUAUGCUCUUACCUGCACUCCUGGAACUGAGAGCUCAGAACUGGCUUUUGAGGAGUGGGAGGCACCUCGGGUUUCUACCAAACCUCAAAGUGCUUGGAUCCAGGACCAAUCGGAGGAUAAAAUUGGUUUACUUAUGGACAAAAUGAUGAUGAAUAACAGGCUUAAAGUUGUGGGAGAAGGACUAGUUGGGCGGGCUGCAUUUACUGGUAACCAUCUUUGGAUUCUUUCAGAGAACUAUGCCAGGGAGACUCAACCACCAGAGGUUCAAAAUGAGGUGUGCCAUCAAUUUUCAUCUGGCAUAAAGACAGUUGCUGUCAUUCCUGUGCUUUCUCAUGGUGUGGUUCAGCUUGGUUCAUCCUCUACUAUUAGAGAGAAUAUGGCAUUUGUGAAUAAUGUCAAGAGCCUGAUCCUAGAGCUAGGAUGUGUUCCCGGUGAUCUUCUAUCUGUCAAUUUCACUUCAGAAGAACUCUCUCCAGUUGUUGGUAUACCUGUAUGCCUAGGGAAAUCUGCUUUACCUGACCUGUCAGGGAGCUAUAAGGUGGAAGUUCCUGUUCCUUUUGAGGCUAAUACCUGCAACCAACAACAUAUCUCAUCUCAGCCUGUGGAGCUUUUAGGUCAACCUUCCCAUUCUCUAAUUAAACAGGCCGAUGGUUACCUGGAAGGUACUUCAACAUUUCAAGCUCCAAAGCCAGCUCAUAAUGUGGUUGGAUCACAGAUUGGCCUUUGCCAACCAAACGUAAAUGUGAGAAUGAAACCAAGCCUACUUUUCAGUAGUCAUCCUGCACAUGGAAGCACCAGAGGUGAAAUCAUUUCAUCAAGACCAGAGAUUUUACUGAACCAGCAGGUUUAUUUACAGAAUCUGAGGCCUGGACUUGAUGAACAACCUUGUGUUGGUUCUUCAUUUGCAAACUCUGGCUAUUUGAGAUUAAUGGAUGAACAGUUUCUGUCAGGUGCACUAGGAGAGAAUAUUACAAACAAUCUGAGCACAUCUAGUGACUGUGUAACAUCUCAGCUCAGAACAAAUGAAGAAGGGUUAAGUUCUAGUUGUCAUCCAAGAUCAAUUUUAAAUCCAUGUUGCCUUCCAAUGGAAGUGUUUUCAUUUGAUUUGAUGUGUCAUUCGACUGACAAUAAGUUCCUUUCAAGGAGUUCGAAUCUAAUAUAUCAUCCUGGAGAUGACAAGUGUCAUCAAAUUGAGGUGGCUCAGAAAGGAGGUAUAGAAAAUGAUUUGUUUCAAGCCCAUAACAUCCAGUUGGUCGAUCUGGGUAAAAAUAUGAAUUUUAGUGAGGACCCUUCUGCUUUUGAUCAUGAUAGUGGAAAGAACAAGCAUGGGAAUACGAGUCCAAGAUCUAGAAAUGCUGAAUACCAGUAUGAAUGCAUCCAACCUUCAUCAAGGGAUGACCUGUUUGAUAUUGUGGGUGUGGAUUUCAAGAACAAACAAUUCAAUGAUGAAUGGAGUGCUUUUUGUAACAGUGACAUGAAAACAUUGGGUAACAAUAAUUGUACGCCUUCAAAUCUUCAGAGUGCAGAUUCCGACUUAUAUUUAGUUGAUGGAGCAAACUCAGAGAGUGGUAUUUUCUCUGCAACGGGCACUGAUCACCUAUUAGAUGCUGUUGUAAAUAGGGUCCAUAUUGCUGCCAAGCAGAGCUCAGAUGAUAGCAUGUCUGGCAGGACAACGUUAACAAAGAUUAGUGGCUCUCCUAUUCCUAGCGCUUCAACCUCAAAUGGCCUAGUUAGUGGAUCUGAUGAGAGGCAGGGAGAGCUAUUUGGACUCCAUACAUCUCUGGAAAAAUUAGGAACAGCAGGAUCCUGUUCCUUUAAAUCUGAGUCUAAGAAGGAAGAUGCAGGUAACGGCUUAAACACCAGUUCCAUUUACGGAUCUCAGAUCAGUUCAUGGGUUGAACAGGGUCAUAGUUCGAAGCAGAACAAUAGCGCUUCGACUGCAUAUUCUAAGAGGCCUGAUGAAGUAAACAAACCAAGUCGCAAAAGGCUUAAACCAGGUGAAAACCCUAGACCGAGGCCAAAAGACCGCCAGAUGAUCCAAGAUCGUAUGAAAGAGUUGAGAGAAAUUGUACCUAAUGGUGCAAAGUGUAGCCAAGAUUUGUUGCUGGAGCGUACUAUUAAGCAUAUGCUUUUCUUGCAAAGUGUGACUAAGCACUCAGACAAACUCAAACAAACUGGGGAAUCCAAGAUUCUCGACAAGGAUGGCGGGCUGCUAUUAAAAGACAACUCCAACAGAGGAAGAACUUGGGCAUAUGAAGUUGGUUCGCAAUCUGUGGUCUGUCCACUCAUAGUGGAGGAUCUCAAUUCUCCUCGUCAAAUGCUCGUGGAGAUGCUUUGCGAAGAACGUGGUUUAUUUCUGGAAAUAGCCGAUGUAAUCAGAGGAUUGGGGUUAACCAUCCUGAAAGGGGUGAUGGAGACCCGGAAUGACAAGAUCUGGGCACAUUUUGCCGUAGAGGCUAACCGGGAUGUCACGAGGAUGGAAAUAUUCCUCUCUCUCAUCCAUCUUUUAGAGCAAAACGGUCAGAGCAGUGCAGCGCCGGGCAAUGGCAUUGAAAAUGGCGAUAUGGCAGUGCACCAGAACCAUGCUGCCUUGAUUCCGGCCACCGGAGGUUGUAGUUCACAGUGAGGCAGCCGCCUAAUGUUUAGCUGUUGGGUCUGGACAUGUUGAGAGCGAGUCAGUGCCUCUGCUUGCCGUGACUAGCAUGGUCCUAGACUGGAUUUGUUUUGCUUUAGGCUCCUGAAUCCUGAUCAUGUGCUUGCUCGUUGCUUCCUCAGAAGGGAGACUGAGUUCAGCAAAUUCUAUAAAAUUCACGAUAAUGGAUUCGACUGAGUUUUAAGCUUUAGCAGCUA